UUUGUAGUCGAACAAAGAACCUGACGCAUUUAAGCGCACUUUAGCGUUUCUCGAGCCAGUGUGUGACAGAAGUGUGCAGAGGAACUUUCUACCACGCUUGCGACGGAACGAGAUGAACGCUUUCAUCGUCAUAGUGUGUUAUUUGUCUAUAAUCCUACCAUAUGGAGCCCACUGCGCCAAGCUACGCAGGACAAAGAUGUGCCACGGCUCGUCUUCUUACAAGUAUGACGAGAGCAUGCUAACGUUAGGGACGUUGAUUCCAGACAUUAAGAAUGCCACAAGUACGUAUACCCGGGACAGCGAAGAGAGAACCUUAAUUCUGAGUUUGGUUGACUGGAAAUGUCCCAAACGUCUAACGACGUCGUCGGUCCUCUGUCCCCACUACUUCGUGCUCAACUACGACCACAACCGGAUCCCAGCUAUUGUCUACGAGGCCAGAUGCAAAUGUAGGAACUGUUUGCAAUCACACAUCAAGAAGUGUCUUCCCUUGUACCACUUCAGAUAUGUUCUGCUAAAGGACACCACUUCGGACUGUUAUGUGAGAAAAGUCAAAGCUUUCGCGGUGGGUUGUCAGUGUCAUACUCAUUCGUUGGCUUAUUCAGCAAAUCGUUUGUAAAUAGAUGCUUACAUGAAUUCUUCUGGUAUCGCCAGUUCGUCAUAUCGAUAGUUGGUUAUAUGAACUAGUCUUUAUUGUCACGGUUGCCACACAAGUUGUGGAUUUAAUUUGAAAUAAAUGUCUAUCGAACUUUC